AAUUGACAGCUUUGAUGUUGAUGUAUUGCUUUUGUUUUGCUACAUCUCCAGAAAACGAGGAAAAUGUUAUGUAUAAAAAGAUUUUCCGCAAAGUAGCCAACAAUUCGAAGAAACUCGACGUUGUGAAAAUUUUAGUGGAGAUCGAGGUGGAGAUGUCGGUUGUUGUGGAACAUUCUUCAUCAUGCAAAGAGGUUCCGGCAGAAAACAACAAUUACAUCCUGUGGAACCGGUACCGAAAGCGGAACAUUGUUGAAUACUCCACUGACUUCCCGGAAAUCUUCCGGCCAAUCUUCUGGAAAAGGUCAACUCAAACCAGCAGGAACAAGACGAGAAGUGCGCGGGAACGGCUUGGCGAAAUUGACAACUGGAAGCACCGGAGGGGAAAGAACCAUGAACAUCGAAGUGUGAGCAACAUAGUGCAGUCGAUUUCGUGACAAAUUUUAAAGUUUUGUUAUGUAUUACUAAAC